AAGAGAAGAGAACAUUGAAAUAUAUUGGCGCUACGUGUUUCUCUGUGUGGUAUCUACAGAGACACCGACUUAAAAAAUUGCUAUUUGCCAAUUUUCGUCGUUCAUUUUUUUAAAAAAAUCAUCGGCUUAAAAAGUUGAUCGAAGGAUGCAGACAUGCAUGUUAUUUGAAUUUUCCUUCUGCACUUUACGAAAUCUGCGGUACUUUUGUAAACCAUCCAUCUCCUUUGCGAUUUCUUCCUGUAUUUCUGUUAAAAAUAUUAGUCGAGGUUUCGGGACAACAAAUAUUCCCUUAUCUACAGUGAUUCUCAGACAAACAACACCGUAUUGCUCGCCUCAAACCCCUACCUUCACAUAUCACACCGCAAACCCGCGAACGAACGUCAUGGAGAACAUUGAGAAAUUGGGACAGGUUUUAGACGGCAAGCUCAUUGCUGGCGAUAUCCAGAAAAACAUCACUCAACAGGUGACUGAGCUGCGGGAACAAAGCAAUGUGGUUCCUGGAUUGGCCAUUGUCCAGGUUGGUGAUCGAUCCGAUUCCAAUGUGUACAUUCGGAUGAAGACCAAAACCGCGGCCGAAGUGGGAAUCAAUGCACAGCACGUGCGUUUGGGAUCGGACACUUCCGAGAAAGAGCUGCUACAGAAAAUUGACGAACUGAACGCGGACCCCGCAGUCCACGGGAUCAUACUGCAGUUACCCUUGGAUUGCAAAAAUCCCAUUAACGCGUCCAAGGCCACAGACGCGAUUUCUGCUCAAAAGGAUGUCGAUGGACUCACUACAAUGAAUGCCGGUCAUCUCGCUCGAGGCGAGUUGAAGUCCUGCACCAUUCCGUGUACGCCGCGUGGAUGUUUGGAACUGAUCAAACGUUCUGGUGUCAAAAUUGAAGGCAGUCGAGCCGUUGUUCUGGGCCGGAGCAAAAUCGUCGGCAGUCCCAUGGCGGAAUUGUUAAUUUGGCAUCAUGCUACUGUCACCGUGUGCCAUUCCAAAACAGUUGAUCUGCCAGCAGUUAUCAGGGAAGCGGACAUAUUGGUCGUUGCCAUCGGCAAAGCAAAAUUCGUUCAAUCGUCGUGGAUCAAGCCGGGUGCGGUAGUGAUCGAUUGCGGCAUCAAUGUCAUUCCUGAUUCAUCCUUGAAGAGUGGACAACGUAUUGUCGGAGACGUAGAUUAUGCUGCAGCGAAAGAUACGGCAUCAUUCAUCACGCCUGUUCCUGGAGGAGUCGGCCCAAUGACCGUAGCCAUGUUACUGCAAAACACUCUGGAAUCUGCUCAGAAAUCUUCCAAACUAUAAUUCGGUGGUCUGUACCUGUUUUCGAAUCUCUUUUCAUUAACUUUACCGCCCUUUUGCUUUCAUAUUUGGUCGUUUAGAUAUUUUGCCUUUCAUAUUUUGCUUAAUUAUAGGCUUUUCUUUGACAUAUUACUCCUUAAACCUAAUUGUAAGUAUUUGUUUGCGAAUUCAUUGUGUUAAAGGUUCUAUGGUGUCUCCGGUUUGACUUCGUUAUGUUGUUGAAAUAUAUACUUGGAUUCAUUUAUGCCAUGACUCCAUAAUGCUUGCAUUUCGUGUUUUUUAUUGUGGAACUGCAACGGAUGUUCACGAUUGCAUAAUAUUGUGUAAUCCCUGAUGUUACAUUUAAAGAAUUGGUGGUCGCAAUGGGAGUUGAAGAAAUCACCAG